UGCUGGUCGAGGCAUGACCACCGUUCCCCAAAUGGGAUCCAGAUAAGCGGUACCUUGUUACAAAAAGGUAAAAAGUACCAGUAGUCCUUCACCGUUUCACCGGAACAUACGAAUUCUGGAGCGGACGCCGUCUAGCUUUCUCUUCUAGCAACGUAAAAAAUCACCGUAGUUUCCGAUAGAGAGAUGUGAAGGAGAAAUGAUGGAUCAGAAUUCGAUGCGAAAACGAUUUUUGUUUGGUGAUGGAAGGCGAGCCAAUCGAGGCCCCUUGGACACACCGAACCAAGGAGAAACCUUCGAAACAGAAUCGAUGGAUCCACAACUUGCUGUCCAUCCGCGAGGCCCUUUACAAGGAUACCCAACACUGAUUCAACAGUAUCUCUUGCAGCAGCAAACAGCUAUGGCGGCAAGUUCUAUGGAUUUACGUUUUGCGGAUCGAACCGUUGGCGGGACCUUUGGCUUCGUGCCGGGACAGUCAAACGUCAUGCCUCAAAAUACAAGCUUUCUGCAACCAAACAAUUUUCUCGGUUCAAAUAAUAUGCGUCUGCUAGAGCUGAUGCAACAAAAGCAUCUUCAACAGGAUUCCUUUCCUACAAGGAACUCGGGCCCUUAUAUUGGGAAUAUGAGCGGUGAGGGUGAUCCUUAUGCCGAAAACGGUAUUCUGGGGCCUUGGAGCGCGUCGUCCGCAGGUCUUUUGGGGAACAUGGCGGCUACGAUCGCAACGGAAGGAAAGAGCAAAAAAACACGCAAAAAGCCGAAAGAUAGACCGAAAAGGCCUCUUUCAGCAUACAAUUUCUUCUUUAAAGAGGAACGCCAGCGGAUUCUUGAGGACCUUCCGGAAGGAGAGGAGAAGGAACAGCCCAGUAGCUCCUGCGACAAAAAUGAGCAAGAUGGAGGUACGCGAAAGCGAAAGAAGCGCCCACAUGGGAAAAUUGGUUUUGAGAGUCUCGCGAAGAUGAUUGGACAGCGCUGGCAAGAGCUUGAACCCGAAGGCGUCGAGUACUACAAAAAGAAGGCAGAUGCUGACACGCAGCGCUACAAAGAAGAAAUGAAAGUCUACUCCACAAAGUGCAAAACGGAAGAGAGCGUUCUCACGGAAAGUGAUGAAAUUAUUCAAAUCGAAGAAGCCAGUCCAAGCAUAGAAGACUUAGAGCAGUCAUCAAAAUAUCGGAGAAUAUAG